AUGGUGGUGAAUCUCUCCACCUAUCGGAUUGAAGGCGAAUUCGAUGCUGGUGGCUGCGGCACGGUGUUGGUGGGCAGCCAUGCCCGCUCCAAGCAGCCGGUGGUGAUGAAAAUGGCCAGCAAAGAGGUGGACCGGCUCCUGCUCGCCACGGAGCGCCGGAUCUAUGCGCGGCUGCCGAAGGCUCCGUGGAUGGCCCAGACUCAUCGACGCCGGCGAGAUGACAUUUUGUCACUCGCCUACAUGCUGGUGUUUUUGCUCCGCGGUGGCCUACCGUGGUAUGGUACCGAGGAGCGAUUUGAUCCGGACGAGGCACUGCUUCUGAAGUUGCGCAUUACGCCUAGCGAGCUGUGUAGAGGACUGCCGGCUGAGUUUCAGCGGUUGACCGAGUACGCGUUGCAGAUGGAAUUCUGCGACGCGCCGGACUAUACCGAGCUGAAGCGGAUGUUCCGGAAUCUGCUGCGCCAACAUUCCAUGCAGCACGAUUUGCAUUUCGAUUGGAACCGGUUUGGCUGCUAA